GCACAAUCCAAAACUAUAUAUAUCAUCGCCACCCUAAACCAUCGGGUCUUUAUAGCUCUUCUUUUCAGAUUAUACCUUCAAAAAUGUACACUGCCCCUAGCCAUGAUGAAAUCAUCAAGAACCUCAAGCGAACCAUCGAAGUCGCUGCCCGUGCUAAGGCCCUUGGUCGCCAUCCUUUUGGCAGUAUUGUAGUGGGUCCAGAAGGCAAUGUGAUUGCUGAGCAAGGCAACAUUGAUACUGUCAAUCAUGCAGAGAGUACGGUUGCACGUACAGUUUUCUCCAAUUAUUCUCAAUCUUAUCUGAACCGUUGUACUUUGUACACUUCUUUCGAACCAUGCGCCAUGUGUGCUGGUACAUGCUAUUGGGCUGGCAUCGGAGGUGUUGUUUUCGGCGCCACUGAAAAAAGAUUGCUUUCCAUUACCGGAAACCACGACGCGAAUCCCACUAUGAGCAUGGAUUGUCGCCAAGUAUUUUCCGCAGGACAGAGAGAAGUUCAAGUCUUUGGCCCUUAUCCGGAGCUUGAAGAUGAUAUCGUAGCGGACCAUCUGGAGUUCUGGAAAUCUCAUUGAGCAACUUUGUAUGAUAGCAUACCUAAAAGUCUGUAGUGUAAAUGAGAUUUAUAGCUAUCUGUAGGGUUUCCUGUGCCAUGUAACAAGACUUUUGUACCUCGCUGUCAGUUG